AGGUGGGAAUGGGUAGAGAUCAUCGAGCCCCGUACUGGGGACCACAUGUACGCCAACCUUGCCAGCGGAGAGUGCGUCUGGGACCCGCCACCUGGUGUCAAAAUCAAGAAGACAGAUGACAACCAGUGGUGGGAACUAUUUGAUCAGAACACGUCAAGGUUUUACUACUACAAUGCAACUAGUCAGAAAACCGUGUGGCAUCGUCCCCAGAACUGUGACAUCAUUCCAUUGGCCAAACUACAGACUCUGAAACAGAACACAGAGGCGAGGGAGGAUGAUGAUGAGAAGCGUGCUCCUAAACGUGAGAUCUCAACCCAAACCUCUGUUGGCAGUGAUGCCAGAAAAAAACGUGAUCACCAUGUGCGUUCUGGGUCAAUACGCUCCUCAUGUUCGCAAACUAGUCCCCAUCCAUCUAGACGACAUCACAACCACCAUCGGUCAGGCUCUGGGUCAUCAUCAGGAGGGAGUGGCAGAUUUGAACGAGACAUCAAUGGCAGUGAACGAAUCUCCCGGAGACGAGGCAGUCAAACAUCACAAGCUUCCAUGGCAUAUGUACGUCGUGACUCUGCUGAUUUACCCCAGAGGUCACUAGGAUCACCAAAGUUACGACGUAGCUCUGUUGAUAAUGCAAAUGAGGAACGUGAGCCACAGCGGCCACGCCGUUCCGAUAGACAUGAUAGACACGAUUUUCCACAUAGAGGAUCUGGAGAUCAGGGAUCUAUGACUAGGACAGGAUCUAUGGAUCAAGGAUCAAUGACAAGAUCUGGAUCUGCGGAUCAGGGAUCAAUGACUAGAUCACCCUAUGAGCACAUGCAGAGUCCUAUGAUGCAGAGAAGCUCUUUUGACCAUGGAUAUAGACCUGAUAUGUUCUCAAGAGAGGAUUACAUAAACUAUACAGACAUACCUAGCCAUAUAACACAAGCCCCUCCCCCUGUACAAACAACCCCAAAACCCAAACCUCGAUCAUUUCCCCGCACAAACCCUGCAUAUGUAGCUACACCUAAACGAGAUGGAAUUCACAAUUCUAAUUAUAAAAGAAUAAACAUUGAGCCCCCAUCCCCUGAGCAACCACCUCUGGCUCAACCUCUAUAUGAACCAGUGGCCCACUUUACAGGCAGUCAUGGUGAGAUGGUCUCCCCAGCAGAGUUCUCUAUGAAUACCUCAUCUGUACAGACAGUACAGACCUACCAGCCAGACUACCCAGGUCCGGGAAGUCCUAUAAACUACUACAGGGUAGAUAGGUCGGAUAGUGACACUUCACACUCAACUAACUCAUCCUCACGACGAUUACAUCAUCAUCAUUCCCAGGAGCGCUACUCACAUGAUCACUCUCGGGGACGGGAUAGAGACCGGGAUCGGGACCGUGACCGCGAUCGACCACUCGCUCCUCAAGAUCGCCAUUACUCACAGGAUAGUGGGAUUAGUGGUCAGUUUUCCCAGUCAUCUACAUUGAAUCAUCAUCACCAUCAUCACAAACGAGAUCAUUCUCACUCUGACUCACAAUCCUCGCAGGGUUCCUUACGGAAUAUUCAUGAUAGUCACUCUUCCCAGGGUUCAUUGCGUAAUUUGCCUAAUCACGAUAUAAUGCAAGAUAGUCACUCGUCUGAGGGUUCACAUAAAAGUAGCCAAGAAGACACGUUAGGUUCUAGAGGCUCCUUUGAGGAUGCAGGUAUAGGUAGUUUGAACAAUAGACAAGGGUCCUAUACACCAAAGCAGGUCCAACCCGAAUCCCCAGUACUUCCUGAGCCUGAGCCAACAUACGCCAACUUACCAAUUCUGCAUUUUACAAGCUCUAAGGUUGUUACCAUCCAACCCUCUGAGCAACCCGCAAGUGCACCUGCACCUGCACUGGUGACCCGGAUACCAGUUAAACAACCAAGUACUAAGGCCAAACCUUCACAUAUCCCUGAACCUUCCUCCCCUAAACUCACCCCUGCAGCUAACCUAGAGGCGCUCAUCAAGGAUAAGCCAAAAAGAAUAGAGAAACCGCCAAGAAGGCGACGUGAACGUAAUCUACAAACAUUCAAAGCCUCUCCACCUGAGGAACCCUUCAAACCCAUAAAAACUUCCGAGGACUCCUUUAAACCUAUAAAAACUUUUGAGGAGCCUAUCAAACCUAUUGAAAGUCUUGAGGAAUCUUCUAAACUUAUACAAAAAGCUGAAGAUUCCUUUAAACCUCUUGAGUCACCAAAGGAACCCUUGAAACAGAUACGAACAGCAGAGGGACGUUUUAAACCAAUAAAAUCUGAGAGAACACCUAAAAUACCUAAGUCACCAUUUGUACCAAUACAAAAUGAGAAAGAUGAAAUAAAAACUAGUGAUCAAAAUAUAACAACACCGUCAAAAUUACUUGAUAGUGAAAGGACUAAUAAAACAUCAGAUGUUGACACUAAAAACAAACAAAUUGAUAAUCAAAACAACAUAACAACUGAUACAACAGACACUAAAGGUACUAUAGAUAUUAAAGACAAGGAAGAACUUAAUGCAAAGGAUGAGGAAUAUCUGAAGAAUGAAACUGAUAAACAUUUAGAGUUCAUUCAACAACAAAUGUCAAGCUUUCAGGAAACGCAACCUAGUAUAAUUAAAGAGUUAGAAAAACGGUUAAAAAAUGCCGAGGAUAACGCACUUAUUAAUGAUAAUGAUAAAAAUAAAGUUGAAUCUGAUAAACCCAAAGAGGACUCUAACAAGGAUAUUGAAGUAAAACAGGAAGAUAUAAACAUUGAUGAUAUUGACUCAAAGAUAGAUGUCACUGGUGAUAGGUUUACAAGUCAUGGUGUGAUAUUAGAGGAUGACCUUCCAGGAAGUCCUAGAUCAGUAAAUACCCAGAAUUCUCAUUCAACUUCACAUACAUCGGAAGGUGGAGAUGUACAGUUUGAUGUACAAUAUGACAACGAAUUUGAUGACUCGGAAGAAUCAAGUAGUGUCUUCUCAACACCAUCACCUAAAAUUCGUAACAAGGGACCACUACCAAUGCUGCCCUUGGAAACCCAGCAUGCAUCUCUACGUCGGAAACGCCAGGCUGAAAUUGAACAGAUUAGCCCAACUUCUCUGGAGCAACUACCCAUGAUUCAACAGGAGAUGUCUCAACGUCCAGUCUCGAUGGUAGUUGGGUCCGCCACUGAUGGUACAUUGGUCAUUAAUGCUGGCACUGGAUCUUUACACAGACAGAAUUCGUUUGGGGAAGAUGAACUACCAGAUAACCGUGAUCUCAUAAUCGUGAGUCGCGGUGGCACCCUCCCAGCAAACACAAGGCCGCCAUCUGGUGGCCAACUAAGUAAGGCUAAGAAGCAGAACUCUGAGAGUGAUAUGGACCAUUAUGCCCACACACACAAAGGAAUUGAAGUGAACAAACACAAGAAAGGACUGUUUGGGAAGAAUGUCUCUACGACUAAGAUGCUAGCUUGGUCCAAGGACCCCAUCACAAAGCCUAUACUGAAGAGCACUGACAAGGUCCUUAAGAAAGAAGCAGUAGAUCUCUUCAAGCUGAUCCAGGCAUACAUGGGGGACCGCAAGGCCAAAGCAUCACUUCCUCUUACGGCCCUAGAUGUGAUAACAAAGGGCUGGAGCAUGAUUGCACUGAGGGAUGAACUGUAUUUCCAGCUCUGCAAACAAUGCACAGGCAAUAAAAAAGAUGAAAGCUUGAUGAGAGGUUGGGAGUUGAUGGCGAUGAGUCUCGCAUUCUUCCCCCCAUCCACUGGUUUCUAUGGUUACCUGGAGGGCUUUCUCCAGUCUCACUUAGAUGUUGCGGGGGACAGUGAUAGGGUGCCCAUCAGUCACUUUGCCUCAUUCUGUACGAGAAAAUUAGAGAAGAUGUCACAGAUGGGGGCUAAGAAGGGGAUAAAGAAACCUAAUUUAGACGAAGUAGAAAUGGCCAAGAAAUCCAUCUUCCAUCCCUCCAUGUUUGGCAGCACCUUGGACGAAAUUAUGCAUAUGCAGAAAGAUCGCUACCCUGAGAGACAGUUACCAUGGAUACAAGUGAUGCUCUCAGAGGAAGUGUUGAAACUGAAUGGAGCCCAAGUUGAGGGCAUAUUUAGAGUCCCAGGGGACAUAGAUGAAGUGAAUGCCCUCAAGGUGAGAUGUGACCAGUGGAUUCACCCCACAGACUGCCCCGACCCCCACAUCCCAGCCUCACUCCUCAAGCUAUGGUACAGGGAACUUUACGAACCUCUCAUUCCAUCUGAAUUUUAUGAAGAAUGUAUCGCAAAUUAUGCAAAUGAGGAAGGUGCAUUGGCAAUCAUUGAUAAAUUACCAGAAAUCAAUCGACUAGUCAUAAGUUAUCUGAUAAGAUUUCUCCAGGUGUUUGCUGCAGAGGAGAAUGCCUUGGUAACCAAGAUGGACAUUAACAACCUUGCCAUGGUGAUGGCCCCCAAUUGUCUGAGAUGCGAAUCUGAUGACCCUAGGAAAUGUAUUUGCAACACUAUGGGCUUCCCAAAGAGCCAUGAGGACACAAUAGGCUUCUCAAAGAGCCAUGAGGACACUAUAGGCUUCCUAGAGAGCCACGGGUACAUUAUGGGCUUUCUAGAGGGCCAUGGGUACAUUAUGGGCUUUCUAGAGGGCCAUGGGUUCACACAGGUCUUCCCAAAGACCCAUGCUAUACUAUUGGCUUCUUAAAGAUCCAUGGGUACACUAUGGGCUUCCUAGAGAGCCAUGGGUACACUGAGCUUACUAGUGGCUCAUGGCCCAUGGGUGCACUGUGGGCUCCCAAGGGGGCCAUGGGUACACUGUGGGCUUCCAAGGGGGACAUACACUUAAUUUAGUAUGACAAUAGUUUUAUGCCAGUUAUAAACUGAGUACUAGUAGUGUUUUUAUUGACUUUCUCAACUAUUCAUUUUUGUUUAUGGGAAACCACAUGGGUAAAUCUAAUAAAUUUUUAAAAGUGGAAUAUAAGAUUAGAUAUUUACACUGUACUUGUACAAUAAAAUGCAAACUGUUAAUAUACUGAACUAGUAUAAUUGUUAUUCACUCUUACAAGAAUUUGAAAGAAUAUUUAUUUGACCAGUUUUCUUGUCUCUGAAGAUAAUAAAGAACAGACAGAAACAGUACUUAAAUUUGUAUUACAUGUAAUUAAAUCUAAUUCGAUUUUUUCUGAUUUUUCUGAUUUCUUCUGAUUUUGAGGGCCUUUAGAAGGAGUAUAGAAAUACAGGGAUUUUAUGAGAGAAGUCAUGAUGAUGAGGAACAUGUUUGAAUAAAAAUCCCUUCUUCAUCACUUUAAUUUUUCAUUAAAAAGUCAUAGUAUUUUUUGUAUUGUUCUUUCAUGCAUGGGUUAAAAUUGCUUGCAGGAUAGGAGUUCAGUUUUAGAACCUUGAAGUAGAUAUGUACAUUUGCUGUAAUAUAAAUAAAUUAAAUGUACCGAAUUCCUCUUGGUUUAAAGUGUAUUACAAUCUUAUAAUUAUAUAAUGUACUUAUAUACAUGCACUCUGUUAAUAGAUAUUUAUUACAAGUAUAAUUAUUGUGUUAUACUUAAUUGAUUAUAUAAUACCAUGUAGAAAAUAACUAUAAAUAAUAUAUUACUUAUCACAUGUCUUAAUUUGUAUAAUUACAUUAUAUUGAUAACUGAAUGAUUGAGCCUAAUCCUUUUAUAAAAAAUUCAAAAAUAUAAAUGCUGUUUUGUCAUGCAACGUUGAUUUUGAGUUGUCAAACACUACAAGUUAUCAAGCUUGUGUUAUAAACCGUUGAAAAAUGUUUUUUUUGUGUGCAAGUAAUGGAAAUAAUUUUGGCUGAGUUUUUGGAAUAUAUUCAUGUAAAAAAAUGUGUAUAUACUGUAUGCUAAUGAUUAAUAUAUAUGCGUUCUAAUCGUGCAAUAAAAUAACAAGUGAG